AUGGACACAAGAAAUCUUUAUGAAGCCGGUCAGAGUUUACAAGCAAACGGUUCUUCAAUUUGGACGGACAAUGGAAUGGAAGUUUUCUCAAGGACGUCUAUGACUUCCAACCAUGAAAAUGAUGAAGACGAUCUCAUGUGGGCCGCACUUGAAAGACUUCCCACAUUCAAUCGUUUAAAGAAAGGUUUACUCACUUCUUCACGUGGUGAGGCCAAUGAGGUCGAUGUACGUAAACUUGGAUUCCAAGAAAGGCAUAAUUUGAUUGAGAGGUUGGUGAGAGAUGCUGAAACCGGGAACGAGAAGUUCUUAAUGAGGCUCAGGGAGCGUCUCGAUAGAGUUGGAGUGGAAGUUCCAACACUGGAAGUCAGAUAUGAGCAUGUCAACAUUGAGGCAGAAGCUCAUGGUUUCUUGACCAGUCUCCACUUGCUUAAAAGUAGGAAGAAAAAAUUGUCUAUCCUUGGUGAUCUUAGUGGAAUCAUUAGGCCUAGCAGAAUAACAUUGCUUUUAGGUCCUCCAAGCUCUGGAAGGACCACACUGCUGUUGGCCCUCGCAGGGAAGCUUCCUCUCGAUGUAAAGUUCUCUGGGAAGGUGACAUACAAUGGCCUUGACAUGAAUGAAUCUGCACCCUGGAGAGCUGCUGCCUAUAUCAGUCAGCAUGAUAUCCAUAAUCCUGAAAUGACUGUAAGAGAAACCUUGGCCUUCUCUUCUAGAUGCCAGGGGAUCGGAGCCCGUCAUGAAUGGUUGGCAGAAUUGUCAAGGAGAGAGAAAGCACAAAAUAUUCAGCCUGAUCCUGAUAUUGAUGUCUUCAUGAAGGCAGCAUCUAUAGAAGGGCAGAAAUCAAGUGUUGUCACAGAUUAUGUUCUGAAGAUUUUGGGACUAGACAUAUGUGCAGACACCAUGGUUGGGGAUGCAAUGCUAAGGGGUAUUUCGGGUGGUCAAAGAAAGCGCGUCACAACAGGUGAGAUGCUGGUUGGACCAGCAAAGGUUCUGUUCAUGGAUGAGAUAUCUACUGGUUUGGAUAGCUCAACAACUUUUCAAAUUGUGAACUCGCUAAGGCAAUUCAUUCGCAUUCUCAAUGGCACUGCUGUUAUUGCUCUCCUCCAGCCACCACCAGAAACUUAUGAACUUUUUGAUGACAUUAUACUCCUCUCUGAUGGUCAGAUUGUGUAUCAGGGGCCCCGUGAACAUGUGCUAGAGUUUUUUGAGUCUUUAGGCUUCAAGUGUCCUGAAAGAAAAGGAGUGGCAGAUUUCUUGCAAGAAGUGACCUCAGAGAAAGAUCAGGAGCAAUAUUGGGCUAAUAGGGAUGAGACUUACAGAUUUGUCACAGUCAAGGAAUUUUCGGAUGCAUUCCAGUCAUUCCAUGUGGGAAAGAGGAUUAAUGAGGAGCUUGCUAUUCCAUAUGACAAGAGCAAACAGAGUGCAGACAUUUUGGCACCCCAAAAAUAUGGCGUUGGAAAGAAAGACCUCUUCAAAGCCUGCAUGUCAAGAGAAUACUUGCUAAUGAAGAGGAACUCAUUUGUCUACGUAUUCAAGUUUGCUCAACUUAUAGUAAUGGCAAUAAUCACAAUGACACUCUUCCUGCGGACAAAGAUGCACCGAGAUUCAAUAACUGACGGAGGCAUUUUCUCUGGUGCCUUAUUUUUCGGUUUGAUAAUGGUCAUGUUUAACGGAAUGGCAGAGCUCAGUUUGACCAUUUCCAAACUUCCUGUUUUUUACAAGCAAAGGGACCUCAUGUUCUUCCCUGCCUGGGCAUAUGCUCUUCCUGGAUGGUUCCUCAAGAUCCCGAUCUCAUUUGUAGAAGUUGCAAUUUGGGUUUUCGUCACCUACUAUGUCAUUGGUUUCGAUCCAAAUGUGAAUAGGUUGUUUAGACAAUACCUUAUAUUCGUACUAGUUCAUCAAAUGGCUUCUGGAUUAUUUCGACUUCUUGCAGCGCUUGGUAGGAAUAUGAUUGUUGCUAGCACAUUUGGGUCAUUUGCACUACUGGUACUUUUUGUGAAUGGUGGCUUUGUUCUGUCACGAGUGGAUAUAAAAAAAUGGUGGAAAUGGGCUUACUGGAUAUCGCCACUGAUGUACGGGCAGAACGCAGUAGCAGUAAACGAGUUCCUCGGGCACAGCUGGAAGCAUGUUCUUCCAAAUACAGCACAACCAUUGGGAAUUGUAUUUUUGAAGUCUAGAGGAUUCUUUCCACACGAAUACUGGUAUUGGAUAGGAGUUGGGGCGCUCAUAGGAUUUAUGCUACUAUUCAACUUGGCUUAUGUUUUUGCCCUCACUUACCUCGACUCUUAUGACAAGGCUCAGGCUAGUCAAUCAGAAGAGUCUCAAACAAUGAACAAGAUGCAACAGCUGAAAAUGCAGGUGACAAUGCUUGAAAGGGACAAGGCUGGGACCGAGAUCAAUUCAAAUAAGAAAAAAGGAAUGACUCUUCCCUUUCAACAGCAAUCACUCACUUUUGAUGACAUUGUGUACUCUGUUGAUAUGCCUCAGGAAAUGAAGAAUCAAGGUGUCAGUGAGGAUAAGUUGGUGCUCCUAAAGGGUGUGAGUGGUGCUUUCAGGCCUGGCGUCCUCACAGCUCUGAUGGGUGUUAGUGGUGCUGGUAAAACCACUUUGAUGGACGUUCUAGCUGGUAGGAAAACUGGGGGUUAUAUUCAGGGUGAGAUCAAAAUUUCUGGAUACCCCAAAAAACAAGAAACAUUUGCUCGAAUUUCAGGGUAUUGUGAACAAAAUGAUAUCCAUUCUCCUUAUGUUACUGUCUAUGAGUCUUUGCUUUUUUCUGCUUGGCUCCGCCUACCACCUGAAGUCAAUUCUUCAACAAGAAAGAUGUUUGUGGAAGAAGUGAUGGAGCUUGUGGAACUAAAGCCUUUGAGGCAAGCGCUUGUUGGAUUGCCGGGUGUGAAUGGUCUCUCCACUGAGCAACGGAAGAGGCUCACAAUUGCUGUUGAACUAGUGGCAAACCCCUCCAUAAUAUUCAUGGAUGAGCCAACUUCGGGGCUGGAUGCCAGAGCUGCUGCAAUUGUCAUGAGAACAGUUAGGAACACUGUGGACACUGGAAGAACAGUUGUUUGCACAAUUCAUCAGCCAAGCAUUGACAUAUUUGAAGCUUUUGAUGAGCUAUUGUUGAUGAAGCGUGGAGGGGAAGAGAUCUAUGUAGGGCCUUUAGGUUACCAUUCUUGUGAUUUGGUCAAGUAUUUUGAGGACGUCCAAGGAGUCCGUAAAAUUAUAGAUGGUUACAACCCUGCAACUUGGAUGUUGGAAGUUAGCUCUUCAGCACAAGAAAAGGCUUUAGGGGUUGAUUUUUCCAAAGUGUACAAAAAUUCUGAACUGUAUCGGAGAAACAAAGAACUUAUUAGACAACUAAGCAUACCUCCUCCUGAUUCCAGAGACCUCCAUUUCCCAUCUAGAUACUCUCAGUCAUUCUUUUCUCAGUACAUGGCAUGCUUUUGGAAACAAAGAUUGUCCUAUUGGCGCAAUCCACCGUAUACUGCUGUAAGAUUUUUGUUCACAACUAUCAUAGCCCUCAUGUUUGGCACAAUGUUCUGGGACCUUGGCUCCAAAACGAAAAAUCAGCAGGACCUGUUUAAUGCAAUGGGUUGUAUGUAUUGUGCUGUUCAAUUCAUUGGAGUCCAAAAUGCUAGUAGUGUGCAACCAGUAGUUUCAGUUGAACGAACUGUCUUCUACAGAGAAAAAGCGGCUGGAAUGUAUUCACCCUUAGCAUAUGCCUUGUCGCAGAUUAUAAUUGAGCUUCCAUACAUUUUUGCACAAACUGUGGCAUAUGCUGUCAUAGUGUAUUCAAUGAUGGGACAUGAGUGGACCGCUGCUAAAUUCUUUUGGUACCUAUACUUCAUGUACUUCUCAUUGUUAUAUUUCACAUUUUAUGGGAUGAUGGCUGUGGCCGUGACACCAAAUUACCACAUAGCUACUAUAAUUUCCUCUGCAUUUUACGGAGUGUGGAACCUGUUUUCAGGAUUUGUUGUCCCACGAACUCGAAUUCCUGUGUGGUGGAUGUGGUAUUAUUGGAUAUGUCCAGUUGCUUGGACCUUGUAUGGACUGGUUGCAUCACAAUAUGGAGAUAUAGACGACGUGCUUGACAAUGGUGAAACAGUUAAACAGUUUUUGAAAGAUUAUUUUGGCUUCAAACAUGAUUUUCUAGGAGUAGUGGCAGGUGUUGUUGCUGCAUUUGUGGUUAUAACCAUCACUGCACUGAUAGAUAGAUGA